AAGCGACGCCAGCAUGCAGAGCGUUUAAACUCGCGCUGGUGAGCUGAAACUUUUACCAUCAACGCCCUCUGACCGCCGUAAAUCCGAGCCCUCAGCGGGAUGUCAGGACUUGUUCGUCCGUAGCCGGCGGCUUGUUGUGGCGGUAAAGCAGAGCGGAGCGACAGACAGUGACAGCGAGAAUCCGCAGCCGAGAUUGACAGGUAACUCCAAUAACAAGAAAAACUCCUGGAUUUAUGUUCAUCAGUGGACGCAGAAGAAGAUGCCGUGCAGUGACGUUAAGGCGCCUUGAACCCGUAGCUCAGGUCACCUGAGAGGACUAAGGGCUUCAUCAUCUCAAUGUGACCGACCAGCAUUCAGUCAGAGCAGAUGCUGAAAGAAAAGAUUUCUGCGCCUCAAAUAUUCCAGCGUGGAGCUCGCAGCCAGUUGACUGAGCGGCAGAGUGUGAGGGUUGCUCGCUGAUCGGGAGCAGUUGCUAUUAGAGGUCUUUGAGGACUCACAUCCACACCCCCACACUUUGGUGAGGGCACCGGUUGGGUGCUUACCCAAAAUGGGAGAGACGGGAGAAUACCAGAGGCUGCAGGAGACGGCCGAGUCUGACUACCAAAGCCUGCCCAGCGAUGAUGAAGAGAGACUGGGCAGUAGCAUGCAAUGUGAGGAGGGAACAGAAUGGCUGCUGGAGCUGCUGAUGGAGGUGCAGCUGCAGCAGUACUUCAAGAGGAUCCGAGAUGACCUCAACGUCACACGCCUGUCACACUUCGACUACGUAAAGAAUGAAGACUUGGAGAAAAUUGGCAUGGGUCGACCUGGCCAGAGACGUCUGUGGGAGGCUGUGAAAAGGAGGAAGGCCAAGAGGAAAACCUGGAUGAGCAAGGUGUUCAGUGGGAAGCGGCCAGAUGGAGAGUUCCCUCAGCAGGGCCAACUGGCCUCCUCGUUCCGCAAGCUGUCCCUAACGCCCCCCCUAUGUCUGAGCGAUGGAGUCCUGGACACUCAGUCAGACGGCAGCGGUGGUCCGCUCAACGGCCAGCAGCAGGCCCUGACCUGCCUCAUCCCGGAGAAGGACCUGACGCUGUUUGAGAAGCUGGGGGACGGCUCAUUUGGCGUCGUGAAGAGAGGGGAGUGGCUCACGCCUGUAGGGAAAGUGCUGAACGUGGCUGUAAAAUGCCUGAAGACGGAUGUCCUCAGUCAGCCCGACGCUCUGGAGGAUUUCAUCUGCGAGGUCAACGCCAUGCACUCCUUGGACCACCAGAACCUCAUCCGCCUCUACGGGGUGGUGCUCACGCACCCGAUGAAGAUGGUGACUGAGUUGGCUCCCCUGGGUUCUCUGCUGGAUCGACUGCGAUGUGUCCACCCUCAGGGCCCGGUGCUGAUCCACACACUGUGUCAGUACGCCAUUCAGGUAGCGAGCGGCAUGGCCUACCUGGAGCAGAGGAGGUUCAUCCACAGGGACCUGGCAGCGAGGAAUAUCUUGCUUGCCUCGGCUAACACAGUCAAGAUCGGCGACUUUGGCCUGAUGAGGGCGCUGCCGAACAACGAUGAGCACUAUGUCAUGCAGGAGCAUCGCAAGGUCCCCUUUGCAUGGUGUGCUCCAGAGAGCCUGAAGACGAGAACGUUCUCCCACGCCACGGACACAUGGAUGUUCGGAGUCACUCUCUGGGAGAUGUUCACACAGGGCCAGGAGCCAUGGCUGGGCCUGAACGGCAGCCAGAUUCUCCAUAAGAUUGAUAAAGAGGGUGAAAGGCUGCCAAAGCCAGAGGACUGUCCCCAGGACAUCUAUAAUGUGGUGCUGCAGUGUUGGGCUCAGAAACCGGGGGACAGACCCACUUUUGUCGCCCUGCGCUCGUUCCUGCUUGAGACCAUGCCCACUGACAUGUGCGCCCUACAGGACUUCGAUGAGGUCGACAAACUUCACAUCAAAGUCAAUGAUGUCAUCACCAUCAUAGAGGGAAGGGCUGAGCAUUACUGGUGGCGAGGACAAAACAAGCGGACCCUCAAGGUGGGGCAGUUCCCCAGGAACGUGGUGACGUCUGUGGCGGGGCUGUCGGCGCACGACAUCAGCAGGCCGCUGGAGAACAGCUUCAUCCACACAGGUCACGGAGACACAAACCCUCAUCGCUGCUGGGGCUUCCCAGACAAGAUUGAUGACUUAUACCUCGGGAAUCCAAUGGAUCCUCCUGAUGUUCUGGGGUUGGACCACAGUGCUGUUCGGCCCACUCAGCUACCAGGAAGAACAAAAAGGGAGCCUCCCCCCCGCCCCCCUCAGCCAGCAGUGUUAAUCAAGAGUAAGUCUGGUCUCUCUCAGCAGCUUCUCACCCACUGUUCCUGUCUUCUCUGUUCCUUCUUUGCUCCCUUCUUCAAAGAACCCUGCUAUGACCCAGUAACUGAAGAUGAGGAUUCCACCUCUGCGGCACUGAGGAGAUUAUCUAUAAGGAAAACUGGUUCGCUCAAAGGUCUCAAGCUGAAACCUGCUGCGUGGGUCUCUUCAAACAAGCAGAGUGCCAGGACCCUGAGCUCAGGCCUCACUCCAAGCGGUGAUGUGUCCCUCAUCGACUUCGGGGAGGAUUUCCCACCCGCACCCUCCCCUUCCCCGGUGCUUGAAAACCAAAAUCUUCUUUUAGCAAAGCUGGGGCUGCAAGCAGGCAACAUUUUGGACAAGACCCCGCCUCAAAGUCCGUCUAAGUGGCUGCCACGGCCCCUUCACCCCACGCCGGUGGUAGACUGGGACGCCCGGCCACUACCGCCACCCCCCGCCUACGACGACGUAGCCCAAGAUGAAGACGACAUGGAGGUGAGCUCCAUCAACAGCUCGGAGCAGCAGCUUGAAUACGAGGAGACUGCAGUCCACGGUGUAGACGGCGCUCGCUCCUCAGGACAGAACACGGAAAGUGACGCGCUCAGCUUGAAGAGUCCAGAACGACCGGUUAUGGACGACAACCUCUUCCUUCCCAGCAAGCACAGCCAUGCUGCAUCCCCAUCCUUCUCCCAAUCUGCGGAGAUCUUCCAAGAACUCCAGCAGGAGUGCAUGAGGAAACUCAAAGUCCCGACAGGUGGUGUGUGUCAGCUGGCCCAGAUUUCUGCCUUGUUUCCUCAGACUACUCAGAACUCCCAGGAAGGCCAUCAAAGUUUCUCUACAACUGAGGACAAACCUCAGAUCCCUCCACGCGUUCCAAUCCCCCCUCGCCCAAUUAAGAAGGGCGACUACACAUCUGCUCGCUGGUCGAGGGACCUGUCUGUUUCUCCGCUGCCAGCGGACCUCGCGCAGGGUGUUUCGGGCACAGGCCUGGAUCGUCCACCUCAGAUCCCACCCAGGGAGCCUUUGUCACAGCCCAGCUCCCGGACACCCAGCCCCAACUGUGUGGCAGUGGGCUCCCUGCCGCAGAGGAUCUGCUCCGUUAGCCCUUCCUCCUGCCCCUCUGCGCACACGAACAGCUCCUACCUCUCCACCUCUCCAGGUAAACUCAUGCCCACCACACACAGCUUCGCCUCAGACCCCAAAUAUGCCGCCCCCAAAGUGAUCCAAGCCCAGGGUAAGGACAAUGCCAGCAGAGGACCCUGCAUCCUGCCCAUCGUCCGUGACGGGCAGAAAGUCAGCAACACGCACUAUUACCUCCUGCCAGAGAGGCCGCCGUACCUCGACCGCUUCGAGCGCUUCUUCAGAGAGAGCGAGACUGUCCCCAGCACAGGGGCCUGUCCCCGGCAGGCCAACAUGGCCACUGUGAGACCGAUGGUGGUCAACACCCAGACAGUUCAGGGACAGGGGCUCGUCCAGCCGGCUGAGCUGAAGGCUAAUCUCUUCGGCAAUAACGGCAGUGUGAGCGCACCGCUAUCAGGGAUGAAGACAUCAGUUAGUCUCCCCCGCGUGUGUUCAGACGGGUUGACAGGUCCGACGGUCAAUUCUUUCUGCAGCCGGAUGGAAGACGGAGGGAACUCUCCCGACAGAGUCCAAAGGGUGCAGGAGGCCGUUCACGGUGUGACGAUAGCAGAGUGUCAAACCGCCCUCAAGAACAACAACUGGGAUGUCCUGAAAGCUGUGAAUUAUCUGAAGGUGGAGCAGUUGUUCUGUUUGGGUCUGAGGAGCCGGUCCGAGUGCGUCAAACUGCUGGAAAUGUGCGACUGGAACCUAGAGGAGGCCAGCACUCAGAUAUUGGCAGAUUAUGGAUCCACAACAAGAUCAAGAUGAAGACAGGUAUGUGAAGGCAGUGGAGCUUCGGUUGGACUUUAAUGGUGAGCAAAUGAGGGUCCUCGCUCACUUUCAAUAAGAAGAACACAGAGUCAAGAACAGAAGACAGGAGCACAGACUGCUGAACUUGGAUACGAACCCAUCAGUCAGAAUCAUGGACACUGGAAUGGAAAACAAAAGAAAAGUCCUUGAGUCAUUGUUUGACUUUCAUGUGAAGGUUAUGUAAUUGUUGCACUAUCUGGCCGUCUGGCACCGAGGGAGCAAUCCUGCUUCUCUGACACAAAAGAUACCAUUCUGAACUAAAAAGGUUUACCAAAAAAAGAUGGAAUAAUAUUCUCUGAGCGCGGAGUCAGCACAAAGUCCUACAGCGCAUGCAUACAUUUCAUUAAAGGUGAACCUCAUCUGCUGGCAGCGGGAUCACCAACAUCUAGGGAGAUAUUUAGAAGAAAGCACAAUAAAGCCCAGUGUUUAACUGGCUGGUGAGGAAGUAUCGUGGAGGAAAUAAAUCAUUUUCUCUGUUUUUAAGUGGGAAGAAAAUGUGUUUGAGAGUUAUGUGCUGCUAAAAACUUGAGAGGGCAAAAAUGUCUAGGAAAACCCUGCAGUUACAAAGACAAAAAAAAAAAACACUCACUGACUUUAUAGUUUGAAGGAGCAAGUCAGUCGCAAUGCAGUGCUUCGCUCUCUGUGCUAAAACUAUGCCUCUCGGAAAUAAUGGACAAGUGUUUAGAAAACGUUAAACUGUCGUACGAAGAGGCUUAUAUUUACAAGAUGCACAGUAAAUACUUUCUUACUUACGAGGAGGAAUGCAUACUGUUCAGAAGAUUAUAUAAUUAAUUUUUUUUUUAUGAAAAGAUUGUAUAUUACAGUUUUGUGUCUCACUGAAAAAAAGCAACGUGCUGUGUGAAAUAUUGCCGCGCCCCAGGUACAAGCUCUCCUGAUUUCUUCCCUGUAAGCACUUUGCCCUCAGAGAACUCCCAUGCAUCAGCUGAAAACUUCAGCCUGUGCAGGUCUCUGCGCGCACCCAGACCACGUUGGCAGCUAAUAACGGCAGAGAAGGGCAAAAGCUUUGCUCCGUAAUCAUCACUUCCUACCGGCCCUGUGAUGCUUUCAGUCAGCAGCUUCACGGGACAAACGAUUCCACCUGGAAGGACAAGCCGGCUCAGUCUGCAUUAUCAAUACGGAGGAGAAUUUAUUUACACUGAGGAAGUUAGGGUUAAAAACUGAUUGGAAAAGAAAAAGCCUCCCUUUUUAUUAGUUGAAAUGUAAUUUUAAUUGAGGUUCUUUCAGUUUAUCUUAACUCUUAUUGUGCCUUGAGUUAGUAUAAAUUCCAGAUUCACUGGUCCAGGCAGGUGAAGGAAACUGCUAGUCUGAGAGUGACCGAGACCAAAGUGGGCUUCAACCAGCGUAAAACAGCCGAAGUCUCGUGUCGUAGCAGUUUACGUGAAUGCUAUUUUAUGAACCUUAAAACCGCAGUUGUUUGCUUUGGGCACAUAUUUACACUUGAAGCCAAUCAUUAUUUUCCAGGUCAAUGGAGGUAGGUGGCAGUGCGCCGCCAACAAUCUUCCUGUGUGAAACGGGUAGAAAACUAAGUUCUGGUCAGAUUAACUGCAUGAUAGAAACGUGAGGCAAGGGGAAAACUAACAAAAUAGCAUUUACUUGAAUGCUCAUAUAAGUCUUUGCUUGUAAAAAAAAAAAAAAAAAAA